AUGUUCCCCCUUCUGCGGAUCUCUGAUAAGGUAGAGACGAAUCUCGCUUUGACCUAUAUGAUUUACGGACCUGUGGAGGAAAUAUUGCGCUCGGUCGUUUUCAAUUGGGUUGGCGCCAUGCAGAGGCCCUCCUUUCUGAAAGGAGCCCGUGGCCGUCGGUUUUCAACUAGCAGCCCUGUGGGAAUUGAAUGCUACAGGUAA